UUGCUCUGUUCCCUGAGCCCUUAGUUUCACGUACAGAAUCCGCCCCUGCCCAGCCCAGCCCACUGGUUCCAGUCUUUCUUAAGUGUCAGGGCUCAGUGUUCCUUCAAGGCUGGCUUUAGCUUCCGUGACCUGGAGACCGGCGCGGUGCUAGUGUCCUAGGAAUUAUCAGCAUGAAUAGCUCAGCUUGCAGGGGUGCCAUGAAUCUUUCUAAUGGGUUAUUGAAGUGAGGCUCCAGAACACCCUACCCCAGCCUUGCAAUCAACGUCAGAAGCGGGAGCAGUUGGAAGAGAAGGACAACACUGUGGACUGGGUUCCCUGUAACUUCCCAGAUGGCUGACUCCAUUGAGUGACUUGGCCACAGAAAGACCCUGUAAUAUGCCUAAACCAGUUCAGUUUGAUGUUGACAAUAAUGCCAAGCGGGAUAGAUGGAAGGAAACUGCCAGGCAGAGCCAUGUGAAUCUGGUGUCCAGUCUGAGUCCCUCAUCUGAAGCUUCUAGCCAGGGAAAGAAUGGAGCUGAUGAGAAAGUCCAGGGGUCUAAGGACAUUGUGGUGAUCUCUGAAGAUGGCAUCACGAAGAUUGUGUUCAAUCGACCCACCAAAAAGAAUGCCAUAACUUUACAGAUGUACCAAGAGAUCAUGCUUGCGCUUAAAAAUGCCAGCACUGAUAAUUCAGCCAUCACUGUUUUCACAGGAACUGGUGACUACUACUGCAGUGGGAAUGAUCUUACUAACUUGACUAAUGCCACCGGUGAAAUACAGAAGGUAGCUAUAAAGACUGCUAUGGCACUGAGGGAAUUUGUAAGCUGUUUUAUAGACUUUCCCAAGCCUCUGGUUGCAGUAGUAAACGGCCCCGCUAUAGGAGUUGCUGUCACCCUUCUGGGACUGUUUGAUGCUGUCUAUGCAUCCGACAAGGCAACAUUUCAUACUCCAUUCACCCAACUCGGCCAGAGCCCAGAAGCAUGCUCCUCCUACACUUUUCCAAAGAUAAUGGGCUCGGCAAAGGCAACUGAGAUGCUUGUCUUUAGCAAGAAGCUCACAGCAAGAGAGGCUUGGGCUCAAGGCCUUGUCACUGAAGUUUUUCCGGAAAGCACCUUUGAGAACGAAGUGUGGACCAGGCUGAAAGCCUAUGCGAAGCUCCCGCCAAAUGCGAUGAAAAUUUCCAAAGAGCUAAUGAGAAAAAAUGAGAAACAAAAUCUCCAUGCUGCUAAUGCUGAAGAGUGCGCUGUGAUCCCGGAAAGGAUGACAUCAGAAGAAUACUCAAAUGCACUCAUGAACUUCAUGUCCAGAAAAGCAAAACUGUGAAGACCACCACAGUGGUUAGACCUCUCAGAGAAAGGAUGUGCUGCAAUUCUGGUUUGGGGUCCUUGAACUACACACACUUCACUGUGUCUUUUUCUUUACUAACAUAGCAGUUAUGGGAAUGCUCCAGUCAUGACAAAUAAAAACUUCCAUAAAACAA